CCGCGUAGAAAGGGGAGAAAUCAGCUGUACUUUAAAUAAAAAAGAAAGCAGCUGUACAACUGUGAUCAUUAACAACACACAGCGCCAAGUCUGCAGGAAAGGACAAGAAGAAGAAGAAGACGACAAACGAGAAGCAGCAACAUGGCGACAACAAAAGUGUGGACACAAGCAUUGGAGCAAAACCUAAUUGAACUUUGGCAGCAGCACGAGUGCCUUUAUGAUGUUGCAAACGAGAUGUACCACAACCGAGCUGAGAAAGAGAAGAGGUGGACAGAGGUCGCCAGUGCUCUUCAACAGCCAGUUGAGGAAGUUAAAACCAGGGCAGUUUCCCUGCGAACGCAGUUUGUAAGGUUGGUGAAACCAAAACCGAGUGGGAGUGACAACAAACCCUUGACUCCUAGGCAAAGGUGGCUCCUCAGGGCCAUGGGUUUCAUCAAAAAAUACGUUUCUCACCGUCCAUGUGAAACCACUCUUUGUGUGUCAUUCAGCGAGCAGGAUGACGGAGAGGACAGACCUGACACCCCAUCAACAGCUAGCACAUCAAAUACUGCCUCCUCCCUUGACUCGUCAGACGAAGGAACUUCUUCAACAGCUGUCGAGGAAACUGCUUCACCUGCCUCAACUUACAGCAGGAACACACAAAUGGAGUCAAGCACUAGGAGAGUCAAACGCAAGUGGAGGUCAGAAACUGACAUCGAGCUGCAGAAGCUUGUAUUCUUGAAGCAGAUUGCAGCAAAAGGGGCUGCAGACCUAACGGCAGAUGCAUUUACAACAUUUGGGAACCAGGUUGCCUCGGAGCUGAGGCUAAUUCAAGACCCUGCGUACCUUACAAGACUGAAAAGGAACAUAAUGAAUAUGAUCUAUGACACUCAGGACACUGAAAGGAACAGAUCCUUCUCUUCACAUGCACCACCCACAUCAUACACAUUUCAACCCGUCAUUUUAUCACCUGUUAAACUGGACGAAUGUGUAUGUAAGGAAGAAAAAUACGAAACACAGAUUACAGUCAAAUGUGAAAAUGAAGAGCCCGUGGACUAUGGCUAUCCAUAAUAACAAACGGUUCAUUUUCUGUUUUGCUAAAUAAUAGAGGUUAUUGUUUUAAAGAAAAAUGUGUGUGUGGCCCAUGAAAUAACAGAAUAUCCCAUCUUGUGCAAACUCCCACUGUAGAACGUACAUGCACUGUUUUAAAUGUUUACUUUUAUUUAUCCGACAUUUCCUAGAAGAAAUUUCUUUGAUUUGGAAUCUGGUUUUAAUGCAAAAGUACACAACUUUAUUGGAUUAAAACCCACUACAUAUACUUUUACUGUAAUGUAAAAGAAAUGUCCCUGCAGUUGUAUUUGGCAUCAAGAUUAAAAAAUGCAAAAUAAAGUUUGAAACAUCACAA